AGGAUGCCUUUGUGGAAAUCGAAGCUCGUGACAACGCCUUGGCGGCUAAAGACCAGGCCCUGGCUCAGCAGAAAGCCGCGACUGCGGCUCUUCAAGCCCAACUUGACGCCCUUCAACGUCAAACAGCCCACCACUUGGCCAUCGACUCGCAACCACCUGCUCAAAACAAUGAGGUAUCUCCAGAUCGGUCCGAAUUCACUACGCCACCAAAAAAGAGGAAAAGCAAGGAUACUUCCACGACUAAGAGGAGAGGUGACAGGUCUAAGGCUGGUCUUAAGCCGCCCACUAAGUCAACUCGUACCAGCACGUCUGUUCACUUUCAGCAGCCGAAGCAGCGCUCUCAGAACACGUCUCAGGUUCAGGUGGACACAACUCAGAUGGAAGGUGAUACUACGACAGCUGUGUCCCAGGACGAAAGCCUCUCAUCUCUGACAGCGGCAUCCCCGGGAGGUGUACACCCAUUCUUUCUUCCUUCUCCAUCUGGCAAAUCCGGAGACUGCCUUGGCGAUGACCAUCGCUGUCGCUCUUCACUAGCUACUCGCGUCACCUUCCAGAACGUUAACGGUGUUCCGGAGGAAGGUGAUCAUGUGAAACAGCGGCAGAUCAACUCCUGGCUGCAAGAUGAGCGAGUGGGAAUAGCGUUGUUGGCGGAGGCCAAAACGUUUUGGCCCUCUAUCCCAGAGGGUCAUGGGUGGAACAAUAGGAUGCAUCAAGCUACGAUGAAGGCAAAGCACAAAGGUUUUUAUUUGGCUGUCGCUUAUAAUAAACAGCAGUCACGAUAUUCAGCAACUACAGCCUUUCAAUGGGGAGGAUGCAUUGCGACAGUACUUAGUCAGGUCUCGCACCGAGCUAAAGAAUCAGGGAGCGAUUUGACGGGGCUUGGACGGUGGGCUUACGUUCGUCUUCAAGGAAAAAAGCUGAAGGCGCAGGGGGGUAAUGAUCCCUCCGGCUUGGUACUAGACGUAAACGAGGCGGUCCGACGUCGGAUUUCACGUGAUCUAGUGGUUGUCUCGGCAUAUAGGCCAAACAGAGAAGGUACGGGGGAAUCGACCGUGUGGGCCCAACAACGUCUAUACUUUAACUCUAUAAAACGUAAGAUUGAUCCCCGCAAAGCAUUGGUCGAUGACCUGUGCAAGCAAAUUCAAAAAUGGAGGGACGAGGGUUGUGAAGUUUUGCUGGGGAUCGACGCUAAUGAAGACCUUUCGGUCAACUCCCCGGACUCCAUACGACAGCGGUUUCGUGAGUGCGGAAUGGAGGAAGCGAUUUUGAAACGGCAUCCCCCCACGGCGACCCACCAACAAAAUCAAAGCAACGUUCCCAUCGACGGAAUCUUUACCACUUCAGGUGUUCCGGUUCUGGCUGGUGGCUACUACACAUUUGGUGAAUUUGUUGAAGCAGACCACAGGGCACUAUGGAUCGAUAUCGACUUGAACACGGCUUUGGGCAAUUUCACACCCCAGGGGUCUACCUUUAAACCUCGGAAGCUCACUCUUUUGGACAAGCGGUCGGUCAAACGCUAUCUUCAACUGGUUCACUUGGGAUACGAGGAGUAUGACAUCCCGUCCCGUCUCACCAAGCUCAAUCAGCGCAUUGAAUCCAAUGGACGACAGAUGUCACCCUCACUGGCACGCAAAUAUAACUGCCUUCACCGGCAGAUGUAUAUGAUACGGCGGCAGGCUGAAGACAAUUGUCGCACUACCUCCUCUGGCAAGGUUCCUUGGUCUCCCAAAUUGC